GCCCGAUCGAUGGGUUAUUUUGGAGUGAAGGACUGUCCGGCGUGAACUACUCUCUGUUUGUACCCAGCGGACUGGACCGAAUCACCCUGGAGUGCACCUGCUGGCCAAUAUCUCGAGUCAAUCACCUUCCAGCAACCGAUUUCGUCAUUUUCUCUACACCCCGCCAUCCCCCACUUUACUAUGAGCAGCAAAAAGUACAAGUCUCAGGCCUCAAGCAGCCGGGCUGCUGCUAGCACAUUUGGCUCAUUUGGAGGAUUCUCCAGCGCAUUCUCCAGUCAGGGAAGGGAACCAUCAUCGCUUACAUACGUUACAGAGCCUCCGGAUCUAUCCCGCAUAUCGGAGGCGCAGUUGACAAUCGCAUUCAAGAACUUCCUCAAGAAGGAUGAGGUUACCCGCACAAAGGCUCUGGACGACUUGCGCGACCACGUUUUGGCUGUCGAGAGUCGCAAUGGGACCCUUGAUGAUGGGUUCCUGGAAGCUUGGGUCAGGAUCUACCCACGCGCCUCGAUAGAUCUUUCUCGGAGGGUGAGACAAACAGCGCACUCGACCCAGGGAUCUAUUGCGUCUCUUGUCGGAAAGCGCAUUGCUCGCUUCUUGCCCAAGGUCAUUGGAGCAUGGCUUGCGGGACUUUACGACAACGAUCGGCCAGUCCAUCGCGCUGCGCUGGAAUCAUUCACGCGCGUAUUCUCGACCGACGAGAAGAGGAACGGUGUAUGGAAAGUCUACCAGUCCUCCAUUCUGGAUUUCGUAGAUGAUGUCAUUCUCCAACAGACCCCUCAAACGUUGAGCGAUGAGAGGACUGUGAAGGCAGAUGACGCCACAGCCAAAUAUGCACGAGUGGCUGGAACUGCCCUCUUGCUGUUCAACAGGAUACUCGGAAACUCCGCACAAGAGGACCUUCAGAAGGCAACACCCACGAUGGAGACACUUCUAGGAAGUAAGUCCCUGUGGACUCUAUCGUAUCAUGAAGAUGCUUUCGUGCGCCGGUCACUCUAUGUUCUUGCGCGCACUGCAGUCUCCAAGCAGCCGGAGGAACUGGAUUGGAAACUCAUCAGUGCUGCUCUGAUUGGCAAGUCCCUGCACUGUAGCCAAUUGGGCUCCGCAUCGGAACUCUCCGAGACUAUCCUGCAUGUGACCUCCGCAAGGCCUCAAUUGUGGACUGAAGAUUACUCCGGAAAGUCCUCGUCUUCCAAGAGAUUACUUCAGUAUCUGCAGAAAGGUUCUCAGGGUGGCGCAAGCUCCUUCUGGACCAAUUUUUACGAGCUGCUGCAGAUCAUUCCAAUCAAGACUCUUGCACAGGUUGAUUUGAAAUCAACCGAUGAGAACAAUGUCGGAGUGACGAGUGCCCGUGCUCUCACAGAGUCGUUCCAAGAGGGACUAAACUCCAGAGACGAGCCUCGGCAAAACCGAGCUGUUGGCUGGAAAGCUUACAUCGAUACUGUUAUGUGGCUUGCAGGUCGGCUUGGUCAGGAUGAGGGAACGAACUUAUUGCGCGAAAGGCUCCGACCUUUGAUUGUACAAUAUGUGAAACCCGAGUCAGACCAGGCUCAAUGGGGUCUACCUCCUCAGUCAGCAGAGCCUAUCUGCACAGAUGCCCUUUUUGCGCUGACCACGCUAGGCUACAAGCAUGUAUUGGAGCAAACGUGGAGAGAACUGUCAGACAGCUUGCUAGAAGCUGUCAAGUUGUCUUCCCCGGAACAAUCGAAGGACUUUAAAACCUCCCAGGACGCUGUCUGCGCGCAAGCAGAGCGUUUUCUUGCUUUGGAAGCCUCUUUACUUUCUCGAGUAAAAGAUACAGACCAUGAAGCCGAGGUUUCGGAUGUGUUCAAUGCUACUAGCCUUUCGUUGCUUGAUAGCUGUCUGGAGGUUUUGCGCUCGAGGAAUGGCAAGCCGUAUGGAGCGGCUGCUGUUGUCGAACAAACAGUACUUCAGGUUGCGCCGAUUGCCAAAGCCUCGCAGUCACUGUUGAGCUUUGUCCAGGAUGACGCACCGGAGCUCCUAUCUUCGCCUUCCGCCGACAGGCUCAUCUCGAUCAUCCUGUCCUGCCGAUCCUGGGAUGGGUUUGGCCCCAGCUUCGAGAAAGUUUUGGAGAGAGUUGCCCAGUUCGACCCGGAGACUUCGAACGCUCACACUGUACAAAAGCUACUUUCCACCCUCGAUUUCCAAGAAUUGGACGAAAAGAGUGCUCUCAUUUCUCUGAUCAUGCGAGCCCUUGAUAGGGCCUGCAAUGGGAGUGAUUUACACUGGUCAAUUGUGAUCGCAGUGCUUCAGAACGAAACCUCCCACGGAGGACUGUCAGACACGAUCUUCCUAGUAAUCAUCGAUGCCUUGUCUGAUGAUACCAAGGUUUUCGACACCUUGCAUGGUCUCUCUCAAGUCGCGCGGGCUGUUCCCCUGGCAUUCAAAACUUUCCAGAAUGGGCCCCACGGCUCCAAACUAACUGGAAAGCUACUUUUCCUUUCUGAGUCUUCAUCAGAAGAUGUUUCAAGCGUAGCAGAAUCGUUGGCCAAGACCUUGAAGGAGUCGAUCGUCAGCGAGACGAGUGCGAACAAAUCGAGCUUUGAGAUUCUACAGCACAGUUUUGACAAUGUCAAUGACCAAUCGCUAUCGGUUGAGUCACUUGUAACUAUCGCCGAAGAACUGCUGCACAAUGCCAAGGCAGAAGAGGUUGGGAAGGUUGCAAAGGAUAUUCUGCCCUCUCGCGAGUCCUGGGCGAAAGCUUUGGGUCCAUUCCUCGAACUCCCUCCAAGACCUUCAACUGCCAUCACAAGCCCACUCAGUGGUACUGUGCAUUUAAUCAAUCGUGAUUUGUCGGACACACUACAGCAACGUUAUGAAAGUCUCCCUCGGGAUUCAAACAACUCCUCCUCAGCAUUCCGAUUGGCCUAUUUCACUGUCAGAAUCCUUUCUUCUUUCGGUUUAAUCCAAAACCUGGACAAGGCUGAGGUGGAGACAUUGUUCUACAACAUCCCUCUAGCACUGCAGCUCAUUGAUGAUGAUUUGAGUAUCGAAAACUGUAAUGGCAUCAGCGGGAUCUCGCUUCCUGAGCAAAGGGAUGAGUAUAUGGACAUUGUAAACGACGGUUGGAAGGUCGUCAGUGGCUGGGCUCGGUCCCACGAAAAGGUUGCAGCCGAGGAGGCCGAAGCGACUAUAUCCUCUAUGCUCUCUGCAUUUUGGAAAGACAAGCUCGAAGGGCUAGAAGAUCUUGCUCCACUCGACUAUUAUAUCGGAGUCGCUUUUGUGAAGAUCAUGGACACCGCCGACUCUUCCAACAGCGCCAAGUCGCCGGAAGAGGUCACCCAGCUUUGCAGGGAUAUGCGCAAAGCGAAUGCCAUCCGCUCGGCUGCUUGGGUAGCUACAUUGCGCCAUGCCAUUCUAUCGAAUCCUACGGGUACGCGGCUGUGCAACGAGUUUGUCGCAGACUCGACUGGACUGAAAUCUCAGGAUGAGAAUAAAGACGGGUUGCGAAAGCUGGUUCUCCUUAACCUCCUGCUCGCUGGGGACCAGGACGUCGCGGCGUCCAUACCCACCCAGCGUUUGAUGUUCCUGAUCAAGCAUCUCACCCAAUGCCUUCAAUCUGAUGCUGUAUCCCUUAGCCUCAAGGCCGAGAUUCUUCAGACUCUAGUAUUCGUACUCCCAUGCAUUCAAGAAAUGUACGGCUCUCACUGGGAAGAUUGCUUGGAGAUUCUUGAUGCGACCUGGAAGAGGACUAGUGGUGGCGAUGAGGCUCUUCCGGUGCUCUUGUCAUCUUACAGACUUUUCGCUAAAUUACAAUCGAUCGUCAGUGACGAAGAGAGUAAUGAUGAUGUGAAGGAUGCGUGGUCGGAUCGGAAAUCGAAGCUAUUUAACAGUUUGACCUCGACUUUGCGAAAAUUUGGUAAGUCUAUCACGUUUCGCAAUCUGAGAACAUUGUUGAAUGAUUAUCAUGUAGAUUCGUCAACGAUCUUCGAUCAACCUCGGGACAUCACGGUUGACCUGCUCUGUCGGUUUGUCAAGACCAUUCCGGUCGAGAAUCUAGAGGACGUUAGCAGUGUCUUCUCGCUUCUGACGGCGCAGAGCCGAGCUAUCCAACGCACUGCCUACACUCUGCUGCACCGGUACAUUCCCAGCGUGCAGGAACAGGUAUCUUUCGAUGUGGCUUUGUCGAAGACGACGGUCCGACUACCUGACGAACUCGUGUCUCUGUUGCUUGGCGCACCGACGAUGGACUCGAUCAAUAGAUCUUAUGGCAAUGAGAGGACCUGGACUGAGCUCCGCUCCUAUUUGCUGAGUUGGAAGAUCGUCUUCGAUCACUUUGUCAAUGCGUCUCUCACUGUCCAAGAGAACUAUGUUGCUAGUAUCCGAGAGAAUGAGAGUUUGGACUCAUUGCUGGAGCUCACGUUCGACUUUCUCCAGCAGUCCCACGGCAAGAUGAUUGAUGCGUCCAAGUUUGACAUCCGCUCCUUUGAACCGGAUCAGUCUGAAACCCCUGAAAAGGAGAUCCAAUGGCUUCUUGUGCACUUGUACUUCCUGUGCCUGAAGCAUUUGGCCAACAUGACCAAAGGAUGGUGGAUUGACACGAAAAAGCGCAUCAAGGGACCAGUAGAAGCCUGGACUCAGAAAUACAUCUCUCCAUUGGUCAUUGAAGAGUCAUUGCAAGGAGUCUCUGAGUGGACUCAGACUCAAGAUCCCAACGAAGAACGUGCGCUGCAGGUGAAGAUUGCGCCGAAGACCGCGGAGAUCAUCGCCAGUAUCCCGGUCGACGAGGAUUCGCCGCCAGUCUCGCUGUCGAUCUCGCUGCCACCUGCCUACCCGCUUCAGCCCGCGUUGGUAGUCGGGCGGAGUCGUGUUCUGGUGGACGAGAGAAAGUGGAAGAACUGGCUGACGACCAUUCAGGGUGUCAUCAUGUUUGCCAAUGGCAACAUGAUAGAUGGACUGCUAGCAUUCCGGAAGAACGUGCAGGGGGCGCUCAAGGGCCAGAGCGAGUGUGCUAUCUGCUACAGUGUCAUCUCGACGGACAUGCAGACGCCGAACAAGCGCUGCGCGACGUGUAAGAACACAUUCCAUUCGGUGUGUCUGUUCCGGUGGUUCAAGAGCAGUAACCAGAGCACGUGUCCGCUGUGCCGGAACAACUUUGUCUAUGUUUGAGGUGGUGCUUAGUAUACACUGUACAUAGAAUUGUCUAUCGUGAUAAAAGUGGUAUAGAUAGAAUUGAU